UACGGUACCUGUACCGGUACAUGUACGCGGGAUAUCGGAACUACGCUGAUUCUGAGAUGCAGAUACAGUCAGAUGAGAGCUGAAAAUAAUGUCUUGAUUUCAAUAUUUUGAUUUAUGUGACAGAGAGAAAUUUUCACAAUGGAUCUUUUGCCGAAAACAGCAUCGACAUCAGACAUUAAUUCUGCCGAGUAUUGGGAAUCCUUUGUCAAGAAAAACAGUAAUAAGACUAAGAGCAAGGCAUUCGAGUGGUAUGGGGAAUACCCUAUACUUUGUUCUAUUCUGCACAAGUACAUUCGUGCGAGUGACAAGUCACUCAUAAUUGGAUGCGGAAGUUGUCAGCUAAGUGAAGAUCUGUAUGAUGUUGGCUACCACCAACUGACAAACAUUGAUGACGCAGAGAGCGUUGUCAAGCAAAAGACUAUGAAGAAUGCCAAGAAGAGACCAGAGCUGAAGUUUGAACAAAUGGAUGCAACUCAGAUGACUUACGAGGAUUGCUCCUUCUCUGUGGUGCUUGACAGGGGUAGUCUUGACGCACGGAUGACAGAGAAGAAGGAAGAAGCUGAAGCGUUGGUUGAAAAGAUGUUUGGAGAGAUCGGCCGUGUUCUCAAAGUCGGAGGACGCUACAUUUGCAUCACAAUAGCUCUUGAGAAUCUCAUCAGCAAACUUCUGAGCUAUUUCUCAUCUGAAGGUUGGAUGGUAAGGGUACACAAGAUAGACUCUCCAAACAAAGAUGACAGGUCUGAAUCAAGAUCGCCUUUGCCAGUUUUCAUCGUGGUAUCCACCAAAUUCAAGAAAAUGGCAGCUUUACAGAGUCCAAUCUUGGAGCUGAGUUUAUCAGAAGGAAGCAAUCCAGAGAGAGUAUCUUCAAUAGAGGAUAUCGUAAAAGCUAUCAGGAGCCAACAAGACUAUGCCAUGCUACAACAUAAUUUGAAUAAGAGGUCCUUCUGCAAUGAAUCUGUGUCAUUAGAUCUAUACGCUCCAAACAAUAAGAAUCCUCGCUUCACACUCUACAUAGUCGAUAAACCCAAGGGGAAAAUUCCAGCAAAUAAGUUUGCCAUCUUCAUUGUUCCACAAGGAAGAGAGACACAUUACCUGUUUGGUACCGACAAAGGGAGAGGGCAGUUAGCCAAUCAAGCAGGUUUCCAACGUCUGGUUGUUGCUACUCUCCAUCGAGGUCACACCUACCAGUCAGUAGACAGUAUCAAGGCAGAGCUCUCAUCAAGGGUGAUGGAGCUCGGACCAUCAGACCUUCCCUCCAAUACACAGGUUCCAUUCCUUAGCAUUGGUGAGGAUGUUGGUGAUAGAGAGGUCAUGUAUGAAGGAGAAGGUUCCUAUGGCAACAAGGUCAUUGUUGAAGAUGUGAGAGGAGAGGAUGGAGGGAAGUAUCGUCAGAUUGUCUUUUCAUCCAACAAAAGCAUUGUCCAAUCACAGGCCAGGCUUGUAACUGAAAAGUCAAGGUCAAAGAGCGGGAAGAAGAGAGGGAAAGGGGUGACAAGGGUGGACCAUCUUUAUCUUCCCAUGGAUUUUCAUCGUGCCAUGACAGCUGGACUAACACUCCUCCCAGGAUGUAUGGAUGUGAUCAGGACAAAGGCCAGGGUGCUACUCAUAGGGCUAGGGGGAGGCGGUCUUCCAAUGUUCCUUUAUAAACAAUUCCCCAAGUUUGAGAUAGAUGUGGUGGAGCUGGACCCGAUGCUCAAAGAUAUAGCCAAGUCUUGGUUUGGUUUGAUUGAGGAUGAAAGACUUAGAAUCCACAUACAAGAUGGUCUAGAGUUCAUCAAGUCAUCUGCUGAGAAGGAUCCACCCAACCUGUACAAUGUAGUCAUGUUUGAUGUGGAUAGCAAGGAUUUUAGCGAAGGUCUUACCGCUCCUCCUAAGGCUUUCUUAGAAACGGUCGUCUUGGAGGCAGUCAAGAGAAUACUGCAUCCUACGCAAGGUAUAUUCAUUCUCAACUUCGCUUGCCGCGAUGACCUCCUCAAAGAAUCUGUCAUUUCUGACAUCCAAAAACACUUUCCAACCCUGUAUGACAGUCAAUUAGAGGAUGAUAUCAACGAGAUUGUCCUCUGUCUUCCACAAAGGGCAAGCGAGGGUGCUGACAAGCGAAAGCUGCAGUAUAGGGACGAUGCACGUGCUCUUCAAAAGUAUGCCAAGUCUGUGACAUCACGCUGGGAAUCUGACUUUGAUCUAUGUGAGAUUAUUGACAACUUGCAGAUCAAGGAUGAAAGGUGACCCUUACUGCACUAUGUCUUUAAAACAACCAAAAUGACGUUACUCAGGUGCAAAGAGCAGUGGUGUGUUUUGUGUCGGUCGACCAGAUGAAGUUUAAAGGGGGUAUCCAAAA